AUGGCGGCGCCCCCCAAGGACGCGUCUGGUCAGCGCGAGAAAUCGCAGGGCACCGAGAGGGCUUCUUUGCUCUCCUCCGGCCAACAGAGACCCAAAUCGAACGACGAUUCCUUACUACCCACUCAUAACGAAAAACCUCCCCAUUGGAGCCAUGGUCUGUUCCGCAUCAAUACUGCCGGCGAAAGCGGCCGACGGGGUUUGAAUCCUCUCCGUCUAUUCCAAAUUUGCUUCAAGAGUACUUGUACUCUGUCGAUGCUCGUCAACGUGCUCUGGCCGUUUGUGCCCGCCGCGAUCGCGUUACAUUUCGCUCGUCCCGACCUGCACGUGUGGAUUUUCGCCCUGAAUUAUAUUGCGAUGGUCCCCUCGGCGAACUUGUUAGGCUUCGCUGGCGGGGAACUUGCCAAGAAGUUGCCCAAGGUGUUCGGUGUCUUGUUGGAGACCACCUUGAGCUCGGUCGUCGAGAUUAUCCUCUUCAUGGUGCUGCUGCACAGAGACAAUAACAGUAACAUGAUUCCUGUCAUUCAAGCCGCCAUCCUGGGAUCGGUCCUGGCCAACUUGCUGCUCUGCCUGGGCUUGUGUUUCUUUGUCGGAGGGCUGAAGAGAGAGUCGCAGUCGUUCCAUGAGGCCGUGAGCGAGGUGGGCACCGGGCUGUUGCUGGUAGCCGGGUUUGGCCUCUUGAUUCCAAGUGCUUUCAACUCCACCCUGCAGAAUGAUUCCAAGAUCACCGCGGAGGCUCUGACCCAAUCCACGUUGGUCAUUAGCCGGGCGACCGCCGUCGUUCUGCUAUUUGCGUUCCUCAUGUACCUCUUCUACAACCUCCACAGUCAUCACAGCAUCUUCGACGAGGUCCUCGAGGUCGACGAGCACAUGGAUGAAGACCGCGAUGAGGAGCUCCGGCGGACGAAGCUCACGAUGACCGAAUGUCUGAUCGCGAUCGCAAUCGCGCUCACCUUUGUCUGUAUGUCGGCGGUGUUCCUGGUCCAGGAAAUCGAGCACAUCGUGCACGAGCGGCACGUGUCGGACAACUUCAUGGGUCUGAUUCUGGUUCCCGUCGUGGAGAAGGCGGCGGAGCAUCUGACUGCGAUCGACGAAGCCUGGGAUAACCAGAUCAACUUCGCCCUCUUCCACUGCCUGGGUCCGUCCAUUCAGACUGCGCUGUUGAAUGCGCCCCUCGCGGUCAUUGUGGGAUGGGGUUUGGACAAGCCGUUGGGCCUCAACUUUGAGAUUUUCAUGAUUGUCCUCCUGGUGCUGUCCAUCCUGGUUGUGGGCAACUUCCUGCGCGAUGGGAAGUCCAACUACCUCGAAGGAGGCCUGUGUGUCUUGAUUUAUAUCAUCAUUGCCGUCAGCACUUGGUAUUAUCCCGCUGUUGAAGCGGCGGGAGCUGAAGGAGCGGCGGCUUCUGAACACGCAUAG